GGUAUCCUGAUGUUGAAUUUCUUUACUGAUAGAGAAAUCUGUAAAUCUUCAUGUUACCUGCCUCAAUGACAUCCGAAUGCUGUCUCAGGAAUGCUUUUGUACCUGGUGUGUAAACGGAAGCUGGAGAGCAAGAAGGAGGCUCUGCUGAUCCUCUCCAAGGAGCUGGACACCUGCCAGCAGGAGAGGGACCAGUACAAGCUCAUGGCCAAUCAGCUGCGAGAACGGCAUCAGUCCCUGAAGAAGAAGUACCGAGAGCUGAUUGAUGGAGAUCCAUCACUUCCCCCUGAAAAGAGGAAGCAGGCUAAUCUCGCGCAGCUGCUGAGAGAAUCGCAGGACAGGAACAAGCAUCUGGGAGAAGAGAUUAAAGAACUUCGGCAGAGGCUUGGCGAGGUCCAGGGUGACAAUAAGCUGUUGAGGAUGACAAUUGCUAAACAAAGGCUCGGAGAUGAAGAAAUUGGCGUGAGGCACUUUGCAGCCCAUGAGCGGGAAGAUUUGGUUGAGCAGCUGGAGCGAGCUAAGGAGCAGAUAGAGUCACUAGAGCAUGACCUACAGGCCUCAGUGGAUGAGCUCCAGGACGUUAAGGAAGAGCGGGCUUCCUACCAGGACAAGGUGGACAGGCUGAACCAGGAGCUCAACCACAUCCUGGGUGGUCAUGAGAACCGUAUCAUUGAUGUGGAUGCUUUGUGCAUGGAGAACAGAUAUCUCCAGGAGAGACUGAAACAACUCCAUGAGGAGGUUAGCCUUCUGAAAUCGAACAUUGCCAAGUACAAGAAUGCUCUCGAGAGACGGAAAAACUCCAAGAGCCAAGGCAAAUCCAGCAGUAGUGCUCUGACUGGGGUCUUGUCUGCAAAGCAAGUUCAGGAUCUGCUCUCUGAAGACCACGGAUGCAGCCUCCCAGCUACUCCUCAGUCCAUUGCUGACCUCAAGUCCCUGGCCACCGCCCUGCUGGAGACGAUCCAUGAGAAAACCAUGGUCAUUCAGCAUCAGAGGCAAACCAACAGGAUCCUAGGGAAUCGAGUGGCAGAGCUGGAGAAGAAGCUAAGGACUCUGGAGGUUUCUGGUUUGUGGAGUCUUCCAGGGGGCAAGGACACCAUACUGCUCAGUGACCAGACUCUCCCCACUAUACAGAGGUCCAAGUCCCCACUGUUGAGGUUUGUGGAACAGCCCACUGAGAAUAAGCAGAGUGCCGGAGAUGGGGAGAUUCAGAAGCAGGAAGAAGAUGAGAGCCGUGGAGCUGCUGAGGCGCUGACAGAGCCUGAGGAUGCUGGGAAGCCUGCUGUCAGCCCCGCAGCCCCGCCACCGAGCGACAUGAACAAGCACUCGGCCUUUCAUCAUCCUGCAGGGCCCCAGCCGCCUUCAGAAGAAGUAAGCACGUUGGGGAGGGAGAGCAUUCAACUGACGGAUGGACAGGAGGCUGCAGACCUGGAGGAAGCUCCCACGGGGGAACAGAGGUGUGAGCCGGGGCUGUCCCCAUCUAGCCUGGCCUCCCAGGAGGAAUACACCACCGCUCUCCAGGACCACUUGCCUUCCACACAGCCAGAGGUCAAAGCAUCCAGCACGGGAGGUGACAGAGGCGUCUCAGAGGGUGGAGACACAAGAAGCACUGUGCAAACAUGACGGGGAGAGACUGACAGGGUGACACACUGAAGGCACCAGGGACAGCGAGGGAAGGCUGAGGCCUCGGAACAGCCGUCCAAAGCCCCCUUUCCACUGGACACCUUCCUGUCUGCAAAUGAGAAAACACUCUGAUCCCGCUACAAGCUGGGAACACCCAAUGGUGCCAGCUCUGUCUGACUUAUGAAAGCUGGUCUGUGAGUUUCUCGGUGUCACCUCUCUCUGCUGAAGACGUGCUGCUGUGAACAUGGCUGGGCACAGGAAUCGUGGUUGCCAUAUGGCUGCCUCUCCACAUCCCUCUUCCUGUCAGCAUUUGUUUUAUUAGAGAGAAGACGUUUUUCUAUUAGCAUUUAAUGUUGUCCAUCAAGACAAUGGGACAAGCUAGGGAAGCAAGGGGUUUUUUCCCUGGGUCUCAGUCUUGGGAAUAGCUAGGUGGCUGGAAGGAAAGAUGUAAUUGAAUGAAAUGUGUUCACGAGGCCAUGGCUGCACUUUGUCGUGCGGUGGUCUCUGAGGAUCCCCCAGCAGUGGGGACUCUUUGCACCCAGUAUUUCACAGUGGCAGGUGGGAGGGACUAGAGCAGGCUGGGGAAGUUUGGCUGCAGGUAGGAGAGGCUGUUUGCUGACUGGGUGCAGAUCUGAGUGUCCUAGCCUAGGUGUGGAGGCUUCACUGGUCUGGAACGAUGGGUAGCAAGUGUCUGCCAGUGAGGGACUUUUUAGUGGUAAUCUGAUUUUUGUGUUGUUGUUGUUUAGAUGACAUUAGAAAUACUAGGUAUCUUUAUCCAGCCCAAGCUGCAUAUAGGAUGGUGGGGUUAUCUGGGGUUUGGGAAAAGCUUAGUGUUACCCCAGUUUCUUACACCACUGAAGAAUCCUAAUAGAAUUUUGCAUCUAGACUCCCAGGGGCCAGAACUGAUCUCAGAAACUCCAGCUAGAAAGAACUCAAAUGUGUUUCCAUUCAUCCUAAACCCUUUCUGUGCCCUGGGACUCUCAGGGACAAGGACACACCUUCUGAUGGGAGCCUCACUGCCCUGUUUAUCACUCUGUAUUUCCUUCUGUGCCCUGCCCCCUGAAGGCCAGCCCUCUAGGGAAGGAGGCUGUGAGCCUGCAAGUUUACACAGGCCAACAGUCCCGAAGAUGCCUUUUCGAUGGACGGGGUCCGCAGCUGGCUUUCAGGUCAAGUGGUCAAUAUUGCGUCGGACACCAGAAUGGCUAAGGGAAACCCAGCCAGAUGUGACUCAGUAAAAAGAAAACAAACACUCUCCCCUCCCAGAAGCUAUGGUUUGGACACACAUCCAACAAAUGGACACUUCUUUGCGGCCAUUUAUCACUUUCAGGUAAGGAGGGGUUUAGAGUAAACUCUAGCACAGUCUAGUAGGGCGGGAAGCUGCAGGGGGCCCCGGGGUCUGUGCUUUAGGGAGCCAGGAUAAAAGGGGACCCUAGCUUGAGCUCAGUGUAUCCAGCCAGCACCGAAGGCACCUGUGCUACUACAUGGAGCGAGUCAUUAAGCUGAUGUUGUUAUGUACAUGUAACUAUGACAACAACAUCCCCACUUUUGCUAUGUCUACCCAACAUGGUUCUUCUGCUCUGUAGACAUUAAAGAGAAUACAGUCACUACUUACAGUUUCCCUUGGUCUUUCUUAAAUAGUUGGCUGUAGCAUUGUCUCCUCAGCUCUGCUGUAUGACCUGCAUCUACCCUGGUUUUCCCGGCAGCAGCUCAUACUCAGAGACAUUUAAACAGCAGGGAAAUGAAUUCUGUUGUGUGACCAGAACAUCUGAAGCGGAGCAUCUUGGAACUACUUCAGGAAUUUCCCAGGGAUCUCCUAUCUUUGCUUGUUUGGGUCAGUUGAGGUUCCUGGCUAUAACAGCUUCACAUAUCACCUAUUAUCACAUAUAUUCGAAGGCACAAGGGUGUCUCUCCACGCAUAUGUAUAAACAUCUUUUAAGAGGCAAAGGGGUUUCUGCCUGUGCUGGCUAGUUUUGUGUGUCAACUUGACACAGGGUAGAGCUAUCACUGAGAAAGGAGCUUCAGUUGGGGAAGUGCCUCCAUGAGAACCAGCUGUGAGGCAUUUUCUCAAUUAGUGAUCAAGGGGAGGGGGCCCCUUGUGGGUGGUGCCAUACCUGGGCUGGUAGUCUGGGGUUCUAUAAGAGAGCAGGCUGAGCAAGCCAGGGGAAACAAGCCAGUAAGAAACAAGCCAGUAAGAAACAUUCCUCCAUGGCCUCUGCAUCAGCUCCUGCUUCCUGACCUGCUUGAGUUCCAGUCCUGACUUCCUUUGGUGAUGAACAGCAGUGUGGAAGUGUAAGCUGAAUAAACCCUU